CAUAGAACCUCCCCCCAACACAACCCUCCCCAGCUGUGGGCCAGACUGAAUCCCUGAGCCUGGUCCUGGGAGAGACCAGGAAACAGACAAAAAGACAGAGAGAUGCAAAUGCCAAAGGGCCGCUCCUGAACCCCAGAGAGAAACCAGCCGGCUUCCGGGGGGCCAUGGAGGUGCCCAGAAGGAGGGGCUGAGGCAGUACCGGUGGCUGAAUGCACUGGGACUGGCCUGAUGCGGCGCCUCCACAUGUCCCAGAAGCCUCCACCCGACCAGCAGAGCGCUCAGCCAGCAGCUCCCAACAGCACCCACGCUGAGACCCGAAGCUCUUUGUCAAUUGACCUUGAUCCCCAAGUCCAUACUCAAGAGUCUCCGCUCGCCGUCAGCACUCCAAGGGUCAGCAGCCCAGAGCCUUCUCACACCACUGGCAUUCUCAAGGUCCACCACCAAGAGCCUUCGUCCACCCCCAGCGGUCGCCGGGUCAGCAUCCAAGAGCCUCUGCCAUCCCUCAGCGGUCGCCGGGUCAGCAUCCAAGAGGCUCCGCCAUCCCCCAGCGUGCGCCGGGUCAGCAUCCAAGAGCCUCCGACAUCCCCCAGCGUGCGCCGGGUCAGCAUCCAAGAGCCUCCGCCAUCCUUCAGCGGUCGCCGGGUCAGCAUCCAAGAGCCUCCGACAUCCCCCAGCGUGCGCCGGAUCAGCAUCCAAGAGCCUCCGACAUCCCUCAGCGGUCGCCGGGUCAGCAUCCAAGAGGCUCUGCCAUCCCUCAGCGUGCGCCGGGUCAGCAUCCAAGAACCCCUGUCAAUUUUGCAGAGUCACCAGAUCAGUAGCCACGAGUCUUACCCAGAUAGCAGCCAUCGCCGGUUUAGUAUCCAAGACACACCAUCCAUUACCUACAAUAGCUGGGUUGGUGCCCAAGAUGGUCAACCAAAUCAGCACUUGAGCACCUCCCUGACUGAAAUCCAAUCAGUUAGCAGCUAUAGUCAAACCAAUUUUGAAAAUUUCCAGACAAUAGAGAGAACCCGCCAAACAUUCAAACAAAACCGGCUCAGUGUUGAUGUCCCCCCAUCCAUUACCCACAGCCCUGAGGCCAGUAUCAAAAGUAUUGAAUCAAUUGUCUGGGGUUCCCAGGAGAGUUUCAAACAAUAUGUGCACAGCCCCCAACUCAGCCAAAUCACUCUGGACAACAUUCACAACUAUAUGCCCCGGUACUCCACCGGAAUCGGUUCCUCCAGGUUUCAGGACAAAUGGAGCCGCCAAUCACUGCUGCCCUUAGGCUGGCGACUGCUGCAUGAGGCCAGGAAGAUCAGCCGCCAGCUGAGCCUGGUGCUGAGCCUGGCUGGCAUGGUGAUCAUCAGUCUCAUUUCUCUGGGCCAGCCCUGGAUGCACUUCCAGGUGCCACUGAAGCCGCCAGGGGACCCCGAUGGCCCGCAGACCAUCCCCAUCAACACCAUCUUCUUUAUGCAGUGCCCCGACGUUGUCUGCAUGUAUGAGUACGACCAGAAUGCUUACUUGCUGGACCUUUCCUGGGCCUUCCUCGUUAUCUCCAGUAUCACCGGCUUCUGCCUCUGUGUGGCUCUAAUAAGCACCUUCUUCUUUACCAGCUCCAACCUGCCCAUGCUGGACUUCUUCCUCUUCAUCAGCAGCAUCAUGACAGGGGCCAGUAUCAUAUUGGGCGUCCUGUUCUACCUGAUGCAGGCCCACGAGUUCCUGCAGGAAGGCAUGACCUACAAGCUGGGCAUCAGCUUCUAUCUGGCAUGGACUGCUGUCUUCUUAUUCCUGAUGAAUGGUCCCAGGAACACCAGAGAGACCAAGAAAGGGAGAGAGGAAGAAGAUAAGUGCAGAGAGGGAACAGAGAGACCACCUAGGUCCAUGCAAGGAAUCUCCUCAUCUGAAGGAAGAAAGCAAUCCAGAUGACCAGGGAGACCAGCUAAAGAAACUGUUACCAUGGAGCCCAAUUGGUAUCUUCUCUUAAAAAAUGUAGACAUCUCUGUGAAGCCCAGCUCAAGGCCAGAAGCCUCCUUAGCACAUUUCUACAAACUACUAUACUGGAUACAUUUGUGAGAAAUUAUUAAGGGGGUGCCCAGCACUUGGAGUGCUGGUAUCUUCCUGGCCGGUGGCCAAGCAAAACAGGGCAACAGGAAAAUGGAAAUUUAUCCAUAUUGAACUUUUUCCCAGAGACUCUUUGGCUGACAGUCCUGAAAUCAGCCAUGGUGAGAAUUCCUGGAGAAGCCCAGUUAAGGCAUUUUCUCUGGAGAGAGGGGGUGCCACUUCACUUACACCGGAAGACUGUUUGUGGGGCAAACUAGAACGGAAAAAAUCAUCUGUAUCUCUGCGUGUGUGCGCGCGCGUGCCUGUGUGUGCGCACGUGUGUGUGUCCAAGUACAAAGUCCACACCCAAAAGGUGAUGGUGGCAACCUCUGAUGAGUAGGUCUGGAGUGGGAAAGUUUCAUUAACUUUCAAAAUAAACAUCUUUAGAAUCAC